AUGGAGGACAGGGUGUGGACUGUGUGCCUCCUUGUCAUUUUGACGCUGGGAUGGACCGACGCUCAGAAUCAGAACUUCACCAGGCCCAACUUCCAGUGUGGAGGCCACCUGGUCACAGACUCGGGCAUCGUGGCCAGUGAAGGAUUCCCCAGUCCCUACAAACCCAACAGUAAAUGCACCUGGUACAUCACUGUCCCAGAGGGUCACGUGGUCAUGCUGUCUUUCCGCCUCUUCGACAUGGAGGCCGACCCCACCUGUCGCUACGACUACCUGGACGUCUACAACGGUCACUCCCGCCUGGUGCAGAAGCUGGGUCGUUUCUGUGGGACGUUCCGGCCUGGCGCCCUCAUCGCCACCUCCAACACCAUGAUGUUAGAGAUGGUGUCAGACGAGGCCACAGGGGGAAGAGGCUUUCUCGCCGCCUUCAGCGCCGGGAAGCCGCAUGUGGAAGAGAACCAGUUCUGCGGAGGACGUCUGACCAAGUCUCAGGGCUCAGUCAAGACGCCCAACUGGCCCAACUCUAAUUACCCAGCAGGCAUCAGCUGCUCCUGGCACAUCUCCGUAGAAACAGGCAACGUGAUCGAGGUGAAGUUUGAGAAGCUGGACCUGGAGCCUGACACGUACUGUCGCUACGACUAUGUGGCGCUGUUUAACGGGGGAGAGAGGGACAACUCGCGGCGGAUCGGGAAGUUCUGCGGAGACAGGCCGCCAGGAACAAUAGUGACAAACGGGAACGAGCUCCUCGUCCAGUUCGUCUCCGACCUCAGCAUUACCUCAGAUGGCUUCAUGGCCCACUACGCAAGUGUGCCCCGCGGGUCUCGGAGGCCCACCGCCGGGGGAGACUUCAUCUAUGGACCUCAGACGACCACAGCACCACAAAAACCAGCCGUGAAGCCGAUCAAACCCACCAAACCACCUCCCAAACCUAAGCCUGCCCCCAAGCCUAAACCCACCCCAAAACCAGCCAAGAAACCACUGGUGAAGAAACCGCCGCCACGCAAACCUGCCGCCAAGCCCACACCUAAACCCAAGCCAGCUAAACCCACACCUAAACCCAAGCCAGCUAAACCCACACCUAAAGCACCUGUGAAAAAACCCACACCUAAACCUGGACUUAGACCUACACCCAAACCUAAGAUCAUUAAGCCGACGCUCAAACCGAGCAUCAAGACUAAACCCACACGUAAGCCUGCACUGAAGACCAAGCCCACCUUAAAACCUGCCGUCAAACCAGUAAAGCCAACCCCAAAGAGCAGAGCCAAACCUACACCCAAACCCAAGAUUAAACCCAAAGUGACGCCGAAACCUGGAGUUAGCAAGACGGUGACGAAGAAGCCUCUGGUGACCAAGAAACCUUUACCACUGAACCCAGUGUGCACACAACCCUGUAAGAGGACAGGAACCCUCCAGUCCAGCUUCUGCCCUCAUGACUUCGUGAUAACGGGUAAGGUCACAUCUUUGACCCCUGGUGAGAGGGGCUCAGUGUCAGUCGAGGUGUUCCUGAUCAAGGCCUAUAAGCCAGGACGCCUGAACAUCGCCAGAUCAGGGCCCAUCAUGUCGGCCACGCUGACCUCCACCUGCAAGAGAUGCCCCGGGCUAAUUAAAGGACGCAACUACGUGUUGAUGGGAAAAGUCGACGCACUGGGCAACGGCCAUCUCAGCCCCUCCAGCUUCACCCUCCUCUACAAGCCCAUCCACGCCAAAGCACUGGCCAGCCUGGCGGGCAAACCGUGCUGA